CCCACCUACGGGCUCGACAAGGCCAAGUUCUUCAAGGCGGCCCUGGAGCGAGCAGCCCCAGCGCCCGGCAGUGGGGACGACGUCCGGGAGCUGCUGAGCCGCAGGAAAUCCAGCUUUAGCGGGCAGUUCAAGUGGCUCCUCUACAACAGGCCGGUGCCUUCCUUAAUCCAAGAGGGGCCUCAGUGCGGGCUGGUGGCGCUGUGGAUGGCGGGCUCCCUCCUCAGCCUGUCCCAGGACGUCUCCCUGGAGAGGAUCGUGCAGGUGGCGCUGGAGAGAGGCUACACCGCCCAAGGGGAAAUGUUCUCAGCGGCUGACAUGGCCCGGCUGGCCGAGGAGCUGUUCCAGUGCCGGGCCGAGCUGCUCUCUGGAGGUCUGGAGGGAGAGAACCGGGGCAAGAUCCUUCGCCAUCUGACCGCUGGCUGCCCCCUGCUACUGCCCUACGACGAGGACUCCAACCACGAGCCCUGCAGGCGACGCGGCUACAAAGCCCACUGGGCCGUCGUCUCAGGAGUCCUGCUGGGCCUCAAGGGCGGCGCCCUCAGCCCGGCCUGCCAGGAGGACGGGGAGAUCUCCGGCCUCUUCCGCCCCGGCCCGGCCUGCCCCCCGCCCGCCCCGGAGGACGUGCUGGAGAUCUACCUGCUCUCCAAGCAGGGCAAGAGCUGGCGCCCCCAGCUGUGGAGCUACCGGCAGGCGCACGAGAGCAACGCCCAGCUGACCGACUUCUGCCCCAAGCGGGCGGGCGACGGCAAGGUCUACGUGGUGCCCGCGGGAGGCGUGAGGGCAGGGCUCUGCGGCAAGACCCUGCUGCUGUGCCCACGGACCGCACAGAGCGCCCUGCCCCAGCCAGCCGGGCCACCCCCUGCUGCCGAGCGCUAGGAGCCCCUGGAGCACCGGGCGGAGGAGACGCCCUGCAGCCAGCCGGGCCCACCCGUGCUACAACGGACAGCGGAGCCUAGUGGGUAGAGCACUGAUCUGGGACUCGGGGGGCCUGGCUCUGCCUCUCUUCCCCUCUCUGUGCCUCAGCUUCCCCUCUGCAAAAUGGGGCCGAUGAUCCAGCCCUCCUUUGCAGAGCGCUUGGAGGGGGAGGGGCAGGGUGCAUCAUACUCAGACCCACUGAGGAGAGAGCCGCUGGGGUUAAAGUGCCAGGUGCGGCCCCGGCCCCUUUCUCCUGUGCCGCAGGAAGCCCUGAUGCCCGCCGGGCUGCGGCCAGGGGGGAGACGCAGCUAUUCCAGGCCCUCUCCAGAGGAGCUGCUGCUAUUCCACCCACUGACGCUUUUCAGAUUGACCCAGAUUCCUGCUUUGAGGCCACGGUGCCAGGAAACAGCAGGUACUUGUGGCCGGCUCUGAAAAUAACUUCACGCUUCCUGUCUGCCACCCACCACUGUUAGCUCUUGAGAGCAGGGACUGGCUCUCAGUCGGGGUCUGGGCAGCACCCAGCGUGACGGGGCCCCAAUCUUGGCCGGGGUCUGGCUGGCGCCCGGCCCGAGGGGGCCCCGAUCUCGGCUGGGGUCUGAGUGGCGCCCGGCCCGAGGGGGCCCUGAUCUUGGCCGGGGUCUGGGCGGCGCCUGGCCUGAGGGGGCCCCGAUCUCGGCUGGGGUCUGGGCGGUGCCCGGCGCGACGGGGCCCUGAUCUCGGCCGGGGUCUGGGCGGCGCCCGGCCCGACGGGGCCCUGAUCUCGGCCGGGGUCUGGGUGGCACCAGGCCCGAGAGGGCCCCGAUCUCGGCCAGGGUCUGGGCGGCGCUGGGCCCAAUGGGGCUCCGAUCUCGGCCGGGGUCUGGGCGGUGCCGGGCCCGAGGGGGCCCCAAUCUUGGCUGGGGUCUGGGUGACGCCGGGCCCGAGGGGGCCCCAAUCUCGGCCAGGGUCAGGGCAGCGCCCGGCGCGAUGGUCUCGGCUCUCUCGAGUUGCUGUCAUACAGCGAACUUGGGAACUUUGCCCCACGCCAGCAACGUGCAUUAAAGACAAAGGCUGUUUGGUUUCCGCACCGGC